AUGGCGACCACUGUCACAAUGGUAGUCGCUAUCCUCGGCGGAGUUCUGUCAUUGUCCAGCGUCAUCUAUGGACAGGAUGUAAGAGAAAUCAACUGUCCCGUGCCUGAACUAAUCCGGAAUGGACGUUUCUUGACCACGGGGUUAUAUGUAGGCAGCACAGUGACUUACGAAUGUUUCGCAGACUACGAACUUGUCGGCGAGAAUCAAGCAACUUGCCUGAAGGAUGGAUCCUGGUCUAACAUCAAGACAACCUGCGAACGUAUCAGGUGUCCAGACCCUACACGCAUACCCAAUGCUGGAUUCCCAGUGCCCGACCCGGUGGUUGGAAAUACAGUGACAUAUCACUGUUUCCCAGGAUACACUCUCAACGGUCAGGCCACACUGGAGUGUAAAGCAGAUAAGAUAUGGUUUCCAGAGCUGCCCUCAUGCACUAAAACUAGAUGUCCACAGCCACGUAUUGAGAAUGGUCAGUACACAGCGACAUCCUCCAGCCUUACUGUUGGUGCUCGUGUAACGUAUCAGUGCAAUGUGGGACAUGAAUUAGUGGGCAAUGUGGGAGCUACCUGUCAGACCAAGGGAACCUGGUCCAGUCAACCACCAACAUGCAAAGCAAUCAGAUGCCCUCGACCUCUUGCAAUUGCCAAUGGUGGUGUCAGCGUCACCGGAGCAACGGCCGGCAGUCGUGUCAACUAUGCUUGUGACGAUGGUUUCAGACUUGUGGGUAAUAGCCAGGCUUCCUGUCUGACGUCCGGGACGUGGUCUUCCAAGGCUCCGACUUGCGAGCCUAAUUACUUGCCCCGUACUAUCGCGUGUCCUCUGCCACCCAAUAUCCCCAACGGCCGAUACACGCACGGCGGUAAUACGGUGGGUAGCCGGGCAUACUACACGUGUGAUGAAGGCUUUGAGAUCUUCGACAAGGAAACUUCAAUGUGCCAGAUUGAUGGCACAUGGUCAGAUUCACCAACAUGUAGAGCCACGCAUUGCCCUCGCCCUCGUCCCAUUGCGAAUGGUGAUGUGACCUAUACAAUGUACACAAUCGGCAGUGAAGUACGGUUUACAUGCACGCAGGGUCAUCGUCUCCAGGGACAGUCAAAGGCGACCUGCCAAGCUGAUGGAAAGUGGUCUGCUGCAUUCCCAGUUUGCAUUCCGAUCAGCUGUUCAGUUCCAGCCACCGUUGAGAAUUGUGUGAUUGACUACACUUCCACAACACUGGGAAGUAGGGCUGUGCACACUUGUGAGAAGGGCUAUCAGAUGGUGGGUGGUCGCGAGGCGGUCUGCCAGACAACUGGACAAUGGUCUCAGCAGCCAUCAUGCGCAGCUAGAGCACCGGUCAACUGUGCCUUGCCUAGAGGCAUAGCGUAUGGACGUGUUGAAUACACUGGCACCUCAGUAGGAAGCAAGAUCAUGUACAGAUGUGUUCGCGGAUUCAGGCUGAUUGGCAGGGCACAAGUUACCUGUUUGUCCAAUGGAAGAUGGACUGCAGCUGCAGCCACGUGUCGUCGCAUCAACUCCGGUAGCUCCAGUGACGAUGGCAACUGGUACAACAGGAGGAACAGGAACGGCGAGAGCAGUAGCAGCAGCGAAGACUAAACACAUUACAAAAAUAAUAAUAUCUCUAAAAAAAGCUAGAAUACUAUGCUCUUGAAGGCACAUGUAGAAGCAAGCAUCCAAAAUCUCUACAAUGAGUUUGAUCAGGAUUACAUCGCUCUCAAUACCGUAUAUGUACAUGUAGCUAAUCAGGAUGACAUUUUGCUUAUCGGUGUCUUUUCGAAUAGCUUUCCCAGUGAUGGCUGUAUUUUAAUCUACUUCCAUACGUUAAUACCUGUGCAUGUGGCCGAUCUCUCUUUCAAUAUUCACUAUAAGUAUUGUUCAGCUGCACUGAUGCUGAGCUUCUAUCACCUCAGUGGCUGUAACAUGAUCUGAUUUCAGAAGUAAAUUAUACUUAGUGGCAAGUUAUUGCCCAUCGAAGGCAUGCAGGAUGAUUUCAUGAUAAACGUACCGGUACAGUGCACCUCUAGCCGUAUUACUAUAGUAAUGACCGGCUACUUCUCGCCUAUCCCUAUCAACAGCUAUUUAUCUCUCUUUCUACAACCCAGUGCUACGACACAUGAUUUCCUAUGGGAUGGUAACUUGUGAUUGUGAAGAAACAUGCGGU